CCCGCGUCCUCUUUCCAAUUUACCUUCUGCUAUUACGACUCGGGCACCUUUUCAGCAAGAACCAUGGCCGACAACCACGGAAGGAAGAACGGCUCUUCCCAUCGCCCAAACAUGAGUGCCAGCAAUCCGGGAGAGUACGAGAUGCUCGACCGGGACUACAUGUCUGGCUAUGCGCAGGGCGCGAACGCUACGCCGUCGGCCCCGCAGCUCAACAUGGGCCAUCAAAACAUCAGCCGCAGCGAGCUUGACGUCCUCGAGACCACAGCGCCUGACCCUAACGCGAGCUACUACCAGUACUCAACCGAGCCCUCUACAGGCCUGUAUGCCGACGCUGGCGCCGGCUACUACGAGCCAGAGGGACAAUACGGCCACGACGGCACUCUCCAGUACGGCAACAACUACGGCAAUUCGGGCGACACAUACUCGUACCCGCCCAUGGAGGCCCCGCAGGCCUACAAGCCGCUGCCUGUUCCGCAGAUGCCGGCUGCAGGAAUCAAUCGCGAUGGCGCUCCUUCACCGCACUUGCUGCCGCUGCGCGAGGCGCACUCAAUUCCGGGCACGCCGAUGAUGAGCAACGACGGGAUGAGCGACAAGAUGAGCGGAUCCGUGCUCACUGAGCAGCAAAAGCUGGAUCCGCGGAUCAUGCCCGAGGCCGACCCCGCUCUGUCGUCGCUGUACAACGCCGACAAUGCCCCGCCUCCUGGUGCGCGCCAGUACGACCGGUACCAGGAGCGCCGCAAGCGCCAUCUGAAGCAGGUCGAGCUGACGUCCGGUAACCUGGUUCUGGACUGCCCGGUGCCGCGCCGUGUGAUUGAGAUGGGCAAGUACCGUGAGGGCAACGAGUUCACACACAUGCGGUACACGGCGGUCACCUCGGACCCCAACGAAUUUAUGAACGCAAAGUACACACUUCGCCCGGUGCUGUAUGGCCGCGAGACCGAGCUGUUUAUCGUGCUCACCAUGUACAACGAGGACGAGAUCCUGUUCAACCGCACUUUCGCCGCUGUCAUGAAGAACAUCGCACAUCUGUGCUCGCGCACCAACAGCCGGACCUGGGGUGCCGAUGCGUGGAAGAAGGUCGUUGUGUGCAUUGUGUCCGAUGGCCGCAACAAAAUCAACGAGCGGGUCUUGGCAGUGCUUGGCACCAUGGGCGUGUAUCAGGAUGGCGUAAUGCAGAACUCGGUCAACAACAAGCCCGUAACAGGGCAUAUCUUUGAGUACACCGCGCAGGUGUGCAUGGACGCCAGCAUGAACUUCCGCGGACCGUCGAAGGGCAUGCCGCCCGUCCAGGUGCUGUUCUGCCUGAAGGAGAAGAACGCCAAAAAGAUCAACUCCCACCGCUGGUUCUUCAAUGCCUUCUCGCCGCUGAUCAACCCCAAGAUCUGUGUCCUGAUCGAUGUUGGAACCAAGCCCACGGGAACCUCGAUCUACCAUCUGUGGAAGUCGUUCGACCACGACCCCAAGGUUGCGGGUGCCUGUGGCGAAAUUGCUGCUGAUCUUGGCAAGGGCUGCACAAGCGUCUUGUUCAAUCCGCUGGUGGCUGCGCAGAACUUUGAGUACAAGAUCUCCAAUAUCCUGGACAAGCCGCUCGAGUCGGUGUUUGGGUACAUUUCCGUGCUUCCGGGCGCUUUCUCGGCCUACCGCUACUCAGCGCUGCAGAACACGUCCCCUGGCGUCGGCCCGCUGGCUGCAUACUUCAAGGGCGAGCUGAUGCACAGUGCCGACUCGGAGGGCGGCAUUUUCGAGGCCAACAUGUAUCUUGCUGAGGACCGUAUCCUGUGCUUUGAGCUGGUCGCAAAGCGCAAAUGCAACUACGUCCUGCGCUACGUAAAGAGCGCCAAGGCCGUGACUGAUGUGCCCGACACGCUGGCCGAACUGAUUUCGCAGCGCCGCCGUUGGCUCAACGGAUCGUUCUUUGCUGCCUUCUACGCCAUUGUCCACUGGUGGCGCAUGUUCGGCACAUCGCACAGCCUGUACCGCCGCCUGCUGCUGACGAUCGAGUUCCUGUACCAGACCAUCAACAUGAUUUUCUCGUGGUUCUCGCUGGCCAACUUUUAUCUCGCCUACUUCUUCCUCGAGCAGAACGUCAUCAAGAUCCACAAUGACCACGAAGAUAACCCCACUGUCAGUCUGCAUGCUGAUCCGUUCCAGGGUGCCGGCUACAUCGUCAUGGAGCUUUUCCGCGAGCUGUACAUUCUGGCCCUUAUCAUGCAGUUUGUGCUGUCGCUCGGAAACCGCCCGCAAGGCACAAAGGCUAUCUACCGCUUCACUGUGUUCCUGUUCACGGUCAUCAUGAUUAUCUUGACAUAUGUCGCCAUUUACUGUGCUGUGUACACAGUCUGGCACACAGACAAGACAAUCGGCCUCGGCGAGCUGCUCAAGCAGCCAAAGUUCCGCGACAUUGUGAUCUCGAUUGGAUCGACAUACGGCGUGUACAUGAUGUGGCUCCCGUCAUCAAUCAACAUCCUCAUGGUGUACGCCUUCUGUAACACCCACGAUGUGUCGUGGGGAACCAAGGGCGACACUGGUCUCCAGAGCGAUCUCGGCCACGCCAAGAUCGAGAAGAAGGACGGUGUGGAGGUUGCGCACAUCAACGUUGCCACCGAUGAGAACGACGUGAACAAGAACUACGACGAGUUUAUCGGCACGCUCAAAACACCGGUUGUCAAGACCAAGGAGAAGCGUGAUGCCAAGACCAAGCGCGAGGACCAGAACAAGAACUUCCGUACCACGCUGGUUCUUGCCUGGAUGUGCACCAACGCUGUCGUCGCCAUGAUCUUCUCGUCAACCUGGUGGGCUGACUACACUGAGAAGCUCGAUGCAACCCUGUCAUUCAACCCGUAUCUGAGCUUCAUCUUCUGGUCGGUUGCUGGUCUGUCGGCCUUCCGCUUCCUGGGCAGCAUGUGGUACCUUGUCCGCCAUGUUUUCCUUGGCGACUAAUCCUUCACAGCCAUUUUCCAUCUGCCUCCCCUUUCCAUAUCAAUCUUUAGUAGCGAUAUUCCCAAAUUCAUCUUUCUUAGCUCCCCUUCUCCACUGGCUUUCUUGUUUAUAUUCCAACAUACUCAUGUGCAAUGUUUCCUCAUAUCCU